CCUUCACGCUGUGCCCCCAGAUUAUUGUUCUUCUCAGAUCCAUUUCCCCAGAUUCUUCUUCUAUUCCCAGUCCCAAUUACUGUUCUUCCUCACGGAUUCACGGGACACGACAGAAACCGGUGGCGGAGAUGGAGGCGGCCGUUGGCGCCGCGAGCUGGCUCCUUGGCAAGGUGCUCAACAAGCUGUCUGAUGACCUGGUGGCGGCAUACGUGUCCAGCUCCGAGCUCAACCUCAACUUCCAGAAGAUCAAAAGGGAUCUGAUGUACACUCAAGGUCUUCUGCACGAGGCCCAGGGGGGAGACGUCACCUUCAACCUCGGUCUGCGAGGGUUGCUGGAGGACCUGGGCCAGAAGGCCGAUGAGGCUGAGGAUGCUCUUGAUGAGCUCCACUACUUCAUGAUCCAAGACAAGCUCGACGGCACCCGGGAGGCCGCCCCCGACGUGGGUGACGGCCUCAGCUCUCAAACUCUGCAUGCUCGCCAUGCUGUUCAGCACACUGCCGGUAACUGGUUUUCAUGCUUUCCUUGUUGCCGUUCACAAGAUGAUAUUGCUGUUGUCACCGAUAACACAAGCAAGGCAGAGUCUGAUAUCAAUAUUGACGAUGGCCGUGUUGACAAGGUGCCAUUCAACAGAGUAGACAUGUCCAAUAAAAUCAAGCAGGUGAUAGAAGAAAUAAACUCCCUAUGUCCUCCUAUCUCCGAUUUGCUCAAGAUAAACCUAAGCAGUAACCUUCAGCCAAGCAUGCCUGCCUCCACUAAGCGGCCCGUCACUAGCUCAGAAAUAACACAGAGAAAGUUGUUUGGGAGAGAUGCCAUUUAUGAAAAAACUAUAAAUGAGAUGACCAAUGCCACACAAAACGAUAAAAUCUUGUCUGUUCUACCUAUAGUUGGCCCGGGAGGUAUUGGAAAGACAACCUUCGCCCAGCAUCUAUAUAAUGACAAAAGGACUGAAGAACACUUCAUUGUUAGGGUCUGGGUAUGUGUGUCAACUAAUUUUGAUGUGCUUAAGCUCACCAAAGAGAUCCUGGGCUGCCUACCUGCAACUGAAAAUGAAGGAAAUAAAAAAGAAAAUGAAACAACCAACUUAGACCGGCUUCAAAAAACCAUUGCAGAGAGAUUGAAAUCCAAAAGGUUUCUAGUUGUCUUGGAUGAUAUAUGGGAAUGCAGCAGUGAUGAUGAUUGGGGAAAACUGUUAGCUCCAUUCGAAAAGGGCGAGACCAGUGGAAACAUGGUUCUCGUCACAACUCGGUUCCCAAAAAUAGUAGAAAUGGUGACAAAGGGAACUAGUUCAAUUGAUCUACAUGGUUUGGAUCCUGAUGCAUUUUGGAAAUUCUUUCAGAUAUGUGUCUUUGGUGAAAUCCAAGAAGAGCAUGAUAAAGAAGAUUUACUUGACAUUGCAAGACAAAUAGCAGAUAAGUUGAAGUGCUCCCCACUUGCAGCCAAAACAGUUGGUCGGUUAUUGAGUAAGAAACCAUAUCGGGAACAUUGGAUGGAAAUUCUUGAAAAGAAAGAGUGGCUAAAACAAAAACAUGAUGAUGAUAUUAUCCCAGCCCUAAAAAUUAGCUACGACUAUCUUCCCUUCCAUUUAAAGAAAUGUUUUUCAUAUUGUGCCCUUUUCCCUGAGGAUUAUAAGUUUAAUAGUUUGGAGAUUACUCGUUUUUGGAUUUCAGUAGGCAUCAUAGAUUCCAAUGGUCAGAAUGAUAAAAUUGAGGACAUAGGAUCAAAGUAUUUGGAUGAACUAUUAGACAAUGGUUUUCUGAUGAAAGGAGAUGAUACUUAUUAUGUAAUGCAUGAUUUACUGCAUGAGCUUUCACAGAGUGUUUCAUCAAAAGAAUGUGCCUAUAUCAGUUGUUCUAGUUUUAGAGCUGAUGACAUCCCACCAUCAAUUCGCCACCUAUCCAUCUCCAUGCAGGAUAAUUAUACUGAAAUUUUUGAGGAAGAAAUGAAUAAAUUGAAGAGAAGGAUAAACAUUGGAAGUUUGCAGAGUUUGAUGAUUUUUGGAGAAUAUAGAAGGGCAAGCUUGGUCAAUAUUUUAAAACAUACGUUUAAGGAAAUAAAGGGUCUCCGUGUCCUAUUUAUAUUCAUAAACUCCAUAAAUUCUUUGCCACACAACUUUUCAAAGCUUGUCCACCUUCGGUACCUAAAAGUUAAGUCACCUAGAUACUCAAAAGUGUGUUUGCCUAGCGUAGUGUCCAGGUUUUAUCACUUGAAAUUCUUGGACCUUCAACACUGGGGAAGGUGUUAUGAUAUGCCUAAAGACAUUAUCCGCCUUGUGAAUUUGCGUCAUUUCGUCGUUGCUAACAAAGAAUUCCAUUCCAAUGUUUCUGAGGUUGGAAAAAUGAAGUUUUUACAAGAAUUGAAAGGGUUCCAUGUUAAGAAAGAGCACGUUGGAUUUGAACUGAAAGAGUUGGGGCAGUUGGAAGAGCUUGGAGGAGAACUCAAUAUAUAUGGACUCGAAAAUGUGAGAAUCAGGGAAGAAGCUAAUGAAGCCAAGUUGAUGGCGAAAAGGAAUAUAAUUAAGUUAGGAUUAUUCUGGGGUAGAGAGCAACAGUUCAGAGGAGAUGAUAUUCUUGAUAGUCUUCAACCACACUCUAAUCUUAGAGAACUUCGCAUUGUAAAUCAUGGUGGUGCCACGUGUCCUAGUUGGUUGUGCAGCAACAUCCACAUGAAAAACUUGGAGAGUCUACAUCUAGAGAGAGUGUCUUGGGCCACACUUCUACCUUUUGGGCAGAUAUAUCAUCUAAGAAAACUCAAGCUGAAGAAUAUAGUUGGGAUAUGUCAGUUUGGACCUGACAUAUUUGGUGGCAUUACAGAAAAAAGUUUCACACAAUUGAAGGAAGUUGAGUUUGAUUAUAUGCCAGAACUUGUGGAGUGGGUUGGGGGAGCUAACUCUCAUUUCUUCUCAAGGCUUGAAAGAAUAAGAUGCACUAAUUGCCCCAAGCUCGUUGCUCUGCCGUUCUCGGGGUGGUUUAGCUCUUCUACGCAAGACAACACCAUAUGGUUCGCUAAUCUAUGUCAUCUUUACAUUCAUGCAUGCCCGAAGUUGCGCCUGCCUCCCUUGCCUCACACUUCAAUGCUAUCUUCUGUUCAUACGGACUACUUGGAUUAUGAUGGUACUGAAUUGCACAUUAAGAUGCCUAGUGAAUUGGCCUUCCAUAAUCUAGGUGAAAUAGAUGUUUUGGAAAUUAAAGAUACAUCACUCAUCUCAUUUACGGACCUCCAAAAGCUACGUCCUCUAAGAAGUAUAAGGGUUAGGAGAUGCGAGGAAACACUUUGGGGAGGACUGGAUGAUAGUUUUGUGCUCCAUUCAGUCCAAUAUCUGGAACUCAGGGAAUUUCCUCUUACAGGAAAAUCGUUGUCAAAUUUGUUCAAAUGUUUCCCAGCUCUUUCUAGUCUGGAUGUGUGCGCCUCAGAUGAGGACCAUGAGGAAGUGGUAUUGCAGUUUCCAUUCUCCAGCUCACUGAGAGAUGUCCGCUUGGUGGGGUGUAAGAAUCUAAUCCUGCCUGUGGAGGACGAAGGUGGAUUUCGGAGCCUCUCGUCGCUCGUGUCAGUAUACAUACAAAAAUGUGGCAAGCUAUUCUCUCGGUGGUCCAUGGGAGAAGCAGCUCAGAGCAUCAACCUUUUUCCUCCUUGCCUUAAGGAACUCCUGUUACGGGAAGAGCCAAGCAUGAUGUCAAUGGCUCUGCUCUCAAACCUCACAUCUCUUACCACUCUUGCACUAGUUGAUUGUAAGAAUACCACGGUGGAUGGAUUCAAUCCUCUCAUCACAUCCAACCUCGAGACUCUGUGGGUUAAUAAUCGGAGAGAUGAUGAAACCGGUGGUUCUAUAGCAGCCGAUCUACUCGCAGAGGUGGCAAGGACCAAAAUAAUGCCUGCAGGUUCCUUCCAACUGACGAGAAUUGAGGUGGACAGCAUCUCCGCAGUGCUCGUUGGUCCCAUCUGCAGACGCCUCUCCGCUUCCCUCCGGACAUUAUACCUACAGAAUGACUGGCGUGCGGAAAGCUUCACGGAAGAGCAGGACGAGGCGCUUCAGUUCCUCACGUCUCUCCGAGAGAUGCACAUUAGUGACUGCAGGGCUCUGCAGUCCCUCCCUCAAGGGUUGCAUUGCCUUUCUUCUCUCGAGGGAUUAUAUGUCUUGGGAUCUCCUAAAAUCAGAUCGCUACCCAAGAAGGGCCUCCCCGAUUCACUGCAAUUCCUAUACAUAUAUGAUUGUUGUGCCGAGCUUUAUGAGGAAUGCCAGAAAUUAAGAGGAACAAGGCCAGAUAUUUGUGUUGAUACCAGCCUACGUACUGCUGAAGAUUGACAAGACGGCACCACUGCUCCUUCAAUUACGGCGUUUUUCAUAAAACUACGGUGAUUCAUCGAGCCCAGCAACGCUGACUCUCUGCUUGUGCAUGCGAUUCACACAUUCAACUCUUAAAGCACAUCAAUCUGCAGCAAGCAACCUUCGUUUCUGGAGCUGCUGAUGCAGGCGGUGUUGGUCGGGGAUUAGGUCCUUGUUGCGCAGGAGGAAGAUAUGCUCCCGAGCACGUCCGUAAAAUCAUCAGAGACCAUGGAGACAUGUCUUCCAAGAAGUACAGGCAUGACAAGCGUGUUUAUCUUGGAGCACUCAAAUUUGUGCCUCAGGCCAUCUCCAACAGAGUCUUCAAAUUUGAGGAUUCUAGUGCUACAGUGUUUUGCGGUAUACUGUAGCACUAGAAAUCCAUCUCCAACAGAUCCUCUAUCCAGUGAUACAGUACUGCUACAGUGUUAAGGAUAGGGGAUGCUGUAAUAGUAUUUUGAGGAUGAAGAUUUGAGGUAGCUGUUGGAGAUGGUCUCAUACUGUUUACAAGCUACGGGAGAACAUGCCGAUGCCUUGGGAACAGGUUCGCCAUGUUAAAGUCUUGUAUCAUAUCACAAGAGCCCUCACUUUUGUAAAUGAAAUACCAUGGUGGUGGAACUCAUAUAUCUGGCACAGUGGGAUACGAUGUGGAUCAUGAUGCUGUGAGAGAAGAGAGAUAUGAGACAUUUUAAACGAAUGCGCUUUCCUCCAUUUGAGGAUGAGGAACCCCUCGGCCCACUGGACUAUAUAUGCUGGAUGUUGAACCGCUGGAGGCUAUACAAUUGGAGUUGGACAGGGAGGAAGAUCCAGCAGUCUAUGAAUGGUUCUAUGAUCAUAAGCCUCUUGUGAACACUAAGCUUAUAAAUGGCCCAAGCUACAGACAGUGGCACCUAACGCUUCCCAUAAUGGCAGCACUGUAUCACCUUGCUGGCCAGCUGUUGUCAGACCUGAGUGAUAGGAAUUAUUUUUAUCUUUUUAACAUGGAAUCUUUCUUUACUGCCAAAGCACUGAACAUGUGCAUUCCAGGUCAGAGCUGUUAGAAAAAUUGAAGGUGUUCAGUUGUUGACCAACCGAUGAGGGUCACUAUUGUUGGAUACCAUCAUACUGCCAGUGCCCUCUGUGUUCAUGUUCUCUGAUUUGUAGGAGCUUUGGCAUUCGACAUGGAGUAUGCACGCUGGUUGGAGGAGCACAACAAGCAUAUAAAUGAGUUGAGGGCUGCAGUCAAUGCACAUGCUGGCGAUAAUGAUCUUCGGGGUAUUGUUGAAAGCAUCAUGGUGCACUACGACGAAAUUUUCAGGCUCAAGACUGUAGCAGCCAGAGCAGAUGUUUUUCAUGUGCUGUCUGGGAUGUGGAAGACCCCUGCUGAGAGGUGUUUCAUGUGGUUAGGUAGCUUCCGAUCUUCUGAGCUUCUUAAGUGUUGGCUUCUUGAGCGGUGGAUUUCUUCGAGGUGAUGGCUCAGGAGGUGGACUUCUUUUAGGAGAUGGCUGAGGAUAGGGAGAUCUAUAAGGCAACGACGGCCCGGCGUGUCGUGGAGAGAAGAGGUUCUCGGGAGCUGUCUCUAGUGAAAACACUAUGUAGGCCUUCUCCCACGUGUUGAAACAGUGCUUGUUCUCUCCUAUAGUGUUUGCCCCCUCCUCUGUGGGGUAGUCCACCUCAACAUGACGGUACUGGUCAAUUGCCUCGUCUACUUCAACCACAGCGUAGCCCUCUGAUAUUGGACGUUCGUGCAAAAGUUCAUGGCCGCUGCGUGGAUAAGCCACACCAGAAGCCACCUUGAUGGUAAUGUUCACAUGGUGUCCGUGUUGUGAUGUGGUCCACGGGAUAAGUGAUGGAAUCAGCUCCUGAAACUCCUGUGGAUGCACAACUACUCUGACAACCACCGGGGCUGGAGCACACAACAUUAGGAGACAUUGCCGGUUGUUUCUGUUCGCUCCCAACGGCGGCCCAUUCAAGCCUGAUGGUUUCCUAUACUGUUUGUUUUAUUCUUACGUCUGUUUGUUCCCUCUCACAUUGUAGCGCAAGUUCAAACAUGUUCAUUAUCCUAGCUUGUUCUACCUCUCGUUCUACAUCUUGCUCUGUUUGGGAUCUCUUUCGACUCUUGUAACUAUCGAUGGUGCCUGGGAAUCCAUAUUUCCAACCCAUCACACCAACGCCUCGUGUGCGACCACCGUGCUCCUUGUUUCCCAGGGCCAAGGUGAGCUCGUCUCUAUCCCUAUUUGGCUUCAAAGAGCCUUGUGCAGACUAUGUGUGGGCGUCCGCAAGCCUUUUGGCAAGAGUUUGUGUUACUUCCUGGUAUUUGGAGGUUAUAAAGCAUAAGCUUCCAUCAGCUGAGUAAGAAGCACCCCUCCCAUGAAGGAAGCAUGUCAAUCAUUCACUCCAGCCCUCCAUCUCAGGUGUGACACCUCUCUCACACAGUUCAUCUAGCUCUUGUUGCCACUGCCGUUCUUUCCUCAAGUACCCAUGACUGUCGACUUUGUGGGGGUAAAGGUUCUUCUUAGAGUUUGCUUUGUUCACCUCACUCAACUUCUGUGCUUCUUCUGACAACUUGUACUCUGCAAAGGCUUACCAAUGAUCUUCCAGUUGUGGCCAUUUGCUAAAAUCUGGUAUUGUACUUUUCUGCACAUAGGUUCUGUUCAGUGUGCCCUUCCAAUUCUUAAAUGAAAGGCUCGUGAUCAUUAGCGUGUUACGCUUAACUACUUCCAUAUAUGUCUCUUCAGGGAACUCGAACUUCUCUAAUACGAUGGGCCACAAGAUGCCGUUCUUGACUGAAUCAGGAGCCACGUGCAGAUCACCUCGUUCGUCAGUCCAUAAUCUGUAGCUGAUGGGCACAUGAUCCUUAACAUCUAUCCCACAAACUGAAUUGUACGGCCCCAGAACUUUCUCUGGUGCAGUUAGCUCCCUAGCUGGUGAGACCUCCGUGAUGACAAAUCGUCCCCUAGGCAUCUUCGAGGGACCUCGGACAUAAUGCCACUCUUGGGAUUGAUCAUUGUCGUGACCCUUAGGAGCAUCAGGCAUCUACACAUAAGCGAAAAAAGUAUUGAGAACCUAUACGAUAAUAUGUACAACAUAUGCAUUCAUCUAUUUUUGAAUUACCUCAUCGCCUCCACGGGCAU